AUGACGGACGACAUGGACAAGAGAAUCCCAGUCUGGUUGGAUGUUGACACAGGGCACGAUGACGUCUUUGCCAUCCUCAUUGCGGCACAUCAUCCGCAGUUGAAAUUCCUUGGUGUUAGCUCAACCCACGGCAAUGCUCCUCAGGUCCACACGACGAACAACUCAAGCGCUGUCCUGAAUGCUGUGGGAAGGACAGAUGUCAAGGUCUAUCCUGGAUCGCUGAAGCCCUUCUGCCGAGACGAAGUCGACACACCCGACAUUCAUGGUCCCACGGGUUUGGGUGGUACGAGUCUUCUUCCCCAGCCAACCACAAAUAUCGUCAAGGAUGUAAAUUUCCUGGUCGCCACUCGCGACGCCAUCAUGGCCCAGCCACCUCAAACAGCGUGGUAUGUGGCGACAGGGCCUUGCACGAAUGCAGCUCUGCUCUUUUCAGCCUAUCCGGAGGUCGCCCACCACCUUGCUGGUUUGAGCAUCAUGGGUGGUGCGGUCGGAGGCGACUUUUGCCCUCAGGUUUCGAAAGAGUUCGGCAAAACCCUAGGUCAAGGGGAAGGGUUUGGCAACGAGACUCCUUGGGCAGAAUUCAAUAUCUAUUGCGAUCCCGAAGCGGCCCAAGCAGUCUUCUCGAACCCAGUGGUAUCAGCGAAGACAACCCUCGUCACACUCGAUCUGACGCAUCAAUGCCUCUCGACCAAGGAGGUCCGAGAACGGUUCCUGGGAUCCGAGAAACCAAGCCAGCUGCGCCUUUUUCUUCACGAGAUUCUUACCUUCUUCGCACAAAGUUAUGUCGAGUGGUUCGAUGUGUAUGAAGGCCCUCCGUUACAUGAUCCACUCGCGGUUGCUGCCUUGUUUGGCUAUUCUAGUGGCAUAUACGAGGAAGACGGCGAUCGGUACAAUGUCAAAGUUGUAACAGACGGAGCACAUAGCCCAUUGGAUUCGGUCAGAGGACAAGUGGGCAGGACCAUCGUGGAGAAAGUAGAGGUGGGACCAGAUGGCGUUGUUAGAGGCGUAAGGAUUCCUCGAAAGUUGCAUACUCAUGCAUUCUGGGAUGUCUUGGAGCAAUGUACGAAGACUGCCGAUGAGAAGAAAUCGCGUUGA